GCAGAAGCCAUACUUCAUUCAUUCUUACAGUAGAAAAAGCUUCAUUAAAGAAUCCCAGCUUCUACUCGAAUUCGCAGAAAACGAAUUUCUGCUAUCUGAUGGCUUCCCUUUCCUCUCCUUCUUCCUCUCGCCCAGUAAAGCACCAAGUUUUUUUAAGUUUCAGAGGCGAGGACACUCGCAAUAACUUCCUCGCUUACCUAUAUCAAGCUUUGCAACGGAAAGGAAUUGGAACUUAUAUUGACUCCAAAGAAUUGCCAAGGGGAGAGGAAAUUUCUUCAGCACUGUUGAAAGCAAUCCAAGAGUCCACGAUUUCAGCGAUUGUUCUUUCUGAAAACUAUGCUUCUUCAUCAUGGUGCUUGGAAGAACUCUCCAAGAUAAUGGAAUUCAAGGAAACAAAGGGACUGCUCGUGGUGCCCAUCUUCUACCAUGUUGACCCAUCAGACGUACGGAAACAGACUGGGAGUUUUCAACAGGCUUUUGCUGAACAUGAAAAGAAUAGGAUAGACAAGGUCCAGAAGUGGAGACAUGCUUUGACUCAAGCUGGUAACUUAAGCGGCUUUCAUAUGACAAAUUCGACAUAUGAAUUGACAAUCAUUGAGGAAAUUGCUCAAGAUGUUCUAAAGAAGUUGAAUCGCAUGUCUGCAAGUGAUUGUGAGGGACUGAUUGGAAUAGGUCCUCAAAUGAAGCAAAUUAAAUCCUUGUUAUGCGUUGGUGAUAGGGAAAGCAUUCGUAUCAUAGGAAUUUGGGGGAUGGGUGGUAUAGGCAAAACAACUCUUGCUCAUGCUAUUUAUGAUGAGGUCUUUUCCCAGUUUGAAAGUUACUACGUCCUGGCAAAUGUCAGGGAAGAGUCAGACAAACUUGGUGCAAUCACUUCUCUACGGGAUUAACUUCUUUCCAAUAUUUUAGAAGAGAAAAACCUCCAUAUAAGUACUCCCAGAAGAGGAUCCGCAUUCACCAUUUAUAGACUCCGUCGUAAGAGAGUUCUUGUUGUCCUUGAUGAUGUUAAUGAGGUUGAACAGCUAGAACAGUUAACUAUUAGUCACCAUCACUUCGGUCCAGGAAGUAGAAUUAUUAUAACAUCUAGGGAUAAACAAGUCCUCAGGAAUGGAGGUGUUGAUGCAUUAUAUGAGGUUCUGGGAUUAAAUUACGAUCACUCUCUUCGGCUUUUCUCGGCAUGCUUCAAGCAAAACCAUCCAGUCGAUGAUUUCAAGGAUCUAUCAAACGGAGUAUUGCAAUAUGCCAGAGGUAUUCCAUUAGCUCUCAAAGUAUUGGGUUCAGCAUUUUAUCGAAAGAGCAGAAUAUACUGGGAAAGUGACAUGAAGAAAUUAAAGCAACAUCCCCACCCAAAAAAUGAAAAAAAUUUGAAGAUUAGUUAUGAUGGAUUAGAUGAAACAGAGAAGUGCAUAUUUCUUGAUAUUGCAUGCUUCUUUAAAGGGUAUAAUAGGGACAAUGUAAAAAAUAUAUUAGACGGUUGUUACAGUGGUGGUGCUCUUGGUGGAAUUACCAACCUCAUUGACAGAAGCCUCUUAUAUGUUGCUAGGUCCAACACCCUUGGGAUGCAUGAUUUGCUACAAGAAAUGGGUUGGAAUGUUGUUCGUUCAGAAUCCAGAUGGCCUGAAGAACGUAGUCGAUUAUGGACUUUUGAAGAUGUGUUCAAAGUGCUCAAAAACAACUCGGGGACUAAAUCAAUAGAAGGAAUAUUCCUAGACAUGUCCAAAAUUGCUCAGCUAAAGUUACGUGCUACAGUUGUUGAAGGAAUGCCUUACCUGAAAUUUAUCAAGUUUUAUGAUUCUAGUGAACCCUGGCAUCCUAGAAAGCAAAAGAUUCUGCCUCCCCCUGAAGGUCUCGGAUCACUAUCCGAUGAGCUGAGCUAUUUUUAUUGGGAGAUGUGCCCGUUGAAAUCUGUGCUCAAUUUUUGUCCAGAGAAUCUUGUUCAAUUAAUAUUACCUGAGAGCGAUAUUGAACAACUUUGGGAUGGAGACCAGAAUCAUGUGAAUUUAAGAGUGAUUAUCCUUGAAAGGUCUGAAAAUUUGAUCAGGAUCCCAAAUCUCUCACAAGCCCCAAACCUUGAAAUGUUAGACCUUUAUGGGUGCAAAAGUUCGGUUGAACUUCGGUGCCUGAAUCAUUUGGAAUCUCUCAAAGAGCUAUAUCUCGAAGGGUGUAGUGAUCUCAAGAAAUUUCCUGAGGUCCCGUGUCAUUUAGAUUCGUUAAAUUUAAGUCGUACUGGGAUAGAAGAAGUGCCUGAUUCGGUUGAGCAUCUCCUCCAACUUACAGAGUUGGAAAUGUCUUGGUCGAAGGUUAAAAAUGUUUCCAGCAAUAUCUAUAAGCUGGGCUCUUUGAGAACUCUAUCUCUCGUGGGUUGCCCAAUCGCCGAAUUCCCAGAAGUUCCAAGCAACUUAUCGAGCUUAAUGUUGGUGGAAUUAAGUAUGAACGGCACAAGGAUUCAAAAACUACCGAGCAGUAUCGUUAAAAGCCUUCAAGCCCUUACCGUGAGGAAUUGCAAAUACCUUAAAUCAUUGCCAGAGCUUCCACAGAGUCUAAGAUAUUUGUGUGCCGCAGGCUGCAUAUCAUCAGAAGAAGUAUCGUUCGCAGAUCACAAUCAAACUAGAUUCGUCGGGAGCUGUCAGCCGAACAACUUUAAAGAUUGCUUCAACUUUGAUUAUUGCUUCAACCUGAGUCAUAAUGCAAUCAACAACGUUGUAGCUCAUGAACUGCUCAGAAUUCACUGCUUGGCAAAGCAAUUGGCAAAGGAGUUUCCUCGUGGAUCAGGAAACCUACAUUGUUAUUUUCCUGGAAGUGAAAUACCCGAAAGGUUUGAGCAUCAGAGCCCAAAUUCUUCUAUUACUGCCAAGCUACAUCCAAAUAGGUGCCGUUGGAGAUUCUUGUGUUUUGCCAUAUGCAUUGUGGUUCACUGUACUGAUGAAAACCACAGGUGCCUCUUUUUUAAAGGCAAAUGCAAACUUAAAAGCAUAGACAAUGAUGAUGCUUGUAGUUUCAAAUUUGGGUGGUCAUGGAUUUCUGAUCCGGUAGAUUUGCAGCACCCAGAUCUCGUGUUAAUUGUUUUUGAUGCCAGUAAAAUGUUUUUGGAAGACAAGCUAUAUGAGGAGGCAUCAUUUGAUUUCUACAGGGUAGAGGUUUUUGAUAACAGCUCUAGAUAUACUAAUAUCGUUGUGAAGAAAUGGGGUGUCCAUGUAUUCUACGAGGAUGCAGACUAGAAGAGCAAAAGAAGUUUAAGCAUUGGCGAUGAAGAUGAACAAGAGCCUAAAAGUUUCAAAGGUGAAGCGGAAGACUUUAGCUUAGAGGAUGAAGAACCCGAGGAUAGAUGA